AUGAAGCUGAUUUGUUUAGCCCUCCUGCUUAUUAGUGGAAUUACAGGCUCAAGAUCAGAGCGGUAUGAAGUGUUGGGAUCUGCAGGUCCUGUGUUUGCUGUUGCUGGUGAAGAUGUGCUUCUGCCCUGUUCAGUCAAACCCAACAUCAGUGUUGUGGACAUGAGAGUCGAGUGGUUUAGACUUGAUCAGAAAUAUUCAGUUCAUCUCUAUGAGGAUCAUGAAGACAGAAACACAGAGCAGAUUCAGUCCUACAGAGGGAGAACUGAACUCAAUCAUCAACAACUACAGACAGGAAACGCAUCACUCAGACUAUCAGCAGUGAAAGUGUCUGAUGAAGGACGCUAUAAGUGUUUUAUGCAGUCAAAAACCUGGUCUGAUGAUACCACUGUUAAUGUCAAAGUUGAAGCUGUAGGAAGUCCUCCAAUGAUCACAGUAGAUGGAUUUGAUCGUUCAGGAGGGCUUCAUCUACUGUGUGAAUCUGAAGGUUGGCAUCCUGAACCUGAUCUUGAGUGGCUGGACAGUGAAGGAGUCAGAUUGAGUCCAGAAUCUACAGAGAUGCACAGAAACACAGACGGAUUCAGUGUGAAACACACCGUCACUGUUCAUCAGAGAGACGGCAAGAUUCACUGCAGAGUCAAAGUGAGACACCACAUGCUGGAGACACUGAUCAGCUCUACAAGUAAUAUGUUUGCUUCGUGGAGGACAUCAGUGAUUGUGAUAUCAGUUUUUUCUGUGCUCAGUGUGAUUGCUGGAAUACUGAUAACUGUGACUGUUCAGAAAAAUAGCGAACACAAACAACUACAGGAUGAGAAGAGCAGAAUACAACUUGGAAACCGGGGAACCCGGGGAAAACCCACGCGAACACGGGGAGAACAU